AUGUCUGAAGCCAUCCACCACAAUGUCAAACUUCCUGUUCCAAGUCUUACCACGAUGUAGGUUGCCAAUAGUAUCAAUCGAUUAACCUUUGGAGUCAAGGCACUUUUGAGUCCCGCGCUAUCCAAUUGUCUUUGUAUGUUCAAGAAUAUGUUUGGAAGCUACAAAAUCUCGGAUUCAGUAUGCUAAUUGACUUCGCUUAUAUCAGGAGUUGGAGAAGUGUCUGUGCGAAGCAUGGGUCUGUUCGACAGAAACAGGGUACUCACCUCCCAUAUCAUAAGGUGUGCAUUGUAAUGCAGAGACAGUGGUCGCUAUUUGAGUCAGAACGAAUAUUGGUAAGCGCACCUGGAAGAAAACCUACAAAACCCAAACAAACUGCGCAGAGAGCACAAACAGAAUGUGCGAACAUGAAGUUUCCUUCAGACUUUUUAUGUAUCCAAACGUUUACUAGAUGGAAGCAAAAAUAUCCUGUAGAAACAGCAAGUGCAGCCGCUGUUUCCGAAUGAUAUCCAAGAAUUCUCUCUUGGGCUGUAAGGCCUUCUCUGAAUUCAGCAUGUAAUAGAACAUAGACAGCAAGUGCAGAGUUGAUGAUAGACUGCGCAAUGCUGACAGUAUUACUAUUCCAGUAAAAUCGAGACAAUUCAGUAGAGGGAACAUUGGGAUUGCGUGGUUUGAAAUGGAGCAACCAGGGCCCAAUAAUGGUGUAAACAAACUGGUAAAACAGCGCAGAAAAGAAGACGAGUGGUAG